CCUCCCCUCCUGGGAAAGCCGGGGCCUCCUGGCCAGCCGCACCUGCUGCCCCCGGAGCUCAGGCUAAGGAGAUGGCCGCAGGUGUGAUCCGGCCUCUCUGUGACUUCCAGCUGACCCUGUCCACCCGCCGGCCCUUCCUGCCCCCAGACCCUGAGCCCCAGGGCCCUUCUGAGGACGAGGAAGAGGAGGAGGAGGAGGAGGAGGAGGAGCAGCCGCAGGCAGAGGGGCUGGGGGGCCGCAGCCCGGCACUCCAGGCCUCGGCGUGGGCCCCCGAAGCAGCCCCUCCAGGGCCCAGCAGCCCCGAGACGCCCCUGCAGCUGCUGCGCUUCUCUGAGCUCAUCAGUGGCGACAUCCAGCGGUACUUCGGCCGCAAGGACAGGGGGCAGGACCCGGACGCCUGCGACAUCUAUGCGGACGACAGCUCGGCCCGGGACCCCCAGGGUGCUGACGUGGCACGCCUGGCCCCCGGGGGGGCCCCAGACGGCGAUGAGGCCGCGGAGCCCGGGGUCCUGUCCCCCAGGGGUCCCGAGGGGUGUGCGCGCGGGCUGGGGCCCCUGGCUGAGCUCUUCGACUACGGGCUGCGGCAGUACCCAGGGCCCGGGGCACCCGGCCGGCGGCUCAGGCUGGAGCGCAAGUAUGGCCACAUCGUCCCCAUGACCCAGAGGAAGCUGCCUCUGUCCUUCUGGGAGGAGCCGGCCCCCAGUCCCCUGGGCCUGCUCCACCCCGGCACCCCCGACUUCAGCGACCUGCUGGCCAGCUGGGCAGUGGAGACGGGCCCCGAGUUGCCCGGGGGAGGGGCCCCGGCCCUGGACGGUGCGCAGCUGGCCGAGGCCUAGCAAGUGGGCCGGGCUCCGUGGGGCAUGUGGGGGCGGCACAUGUCGCCUUCCCUAAGGUGCGCGGACUGUCACUGCUCUCUCUGGAGCCACAGGGCCUUGCGACCACGCUGGCUGCCAGCAGGACAAGUCAGCUCAGGUAGGGGGCCUCCUGGGCCAUCCAGGGCCUGGAGCUGCCACCACCACAGGCCGCCCGGGCAGGGAAGGGGCAGGAGCUGCAGUCCCAGGCCCCCCGGCCCUUAGC